UUUUUGUUGUAGUUGUACAUUUUUCGCCAAAAAUAAUAAUAAAAGUGAAAAAUUUUUUUUUUGUUAAUAUACGUUUAUUUUUGUUGUACAAAGGAGAAAAUGUUAUUAAACUGAUUGGCCGCCCCCAGCAUUUUCGUGACCCCCCGCUCCACAAUAAGAACAACAAUAAUAAAAAACGGCCGCCAGCAACAACAAGGUGUUGUAAAUAUUCAGUGCGCUGCGCCUUUCGCCUACUUUAACCGCCAAUUGCUCCUGCUCCUGCCCACUAACCACAAGCAAAAAAACAAAAAGCCGAAAAAGAAAGAAAAGCGAUAACUCAACCGCCAGAGGAAAUGAUAAAGUCCACUGCGAAUCCACAGGAACAGCGUCUGCCACGCCCCGAGGAUCAGCCGCCUGCGCCCCCCUCCUCCUCCACCGCCGCCGCCCCCGCCACGCCCACGCACCAAGUGGCCACCGUGAUAGCCAACAUGGACACCCUGAAGACCGCCUUUCUGCCCAAUCUCAGCAUGGACCCCAGUGUGCACGUGACGGCGCACUACUGCCCCAUGUGCCACCAGCAGUUCGAGCGAGCCCAGCACGCCGCGGAACACAUGCAAGUGUGCCACGGGAUCACGCUGAACGCCCAGGGAGCCAUUGCCAAUCUGGAGGGCCAAACGCAUCCGGCGCAACAGCACCUGAAACCCACUCACGCCUGCUUUAAUUGUGAUGAAAAGUUCGGCAACGCCGUCGACCUGGAUGAACACCAUCGGCUGGCCCACCAGACCGCCUUUCUGGCCCGCUGCCUCAUGUGCAACAUCUACGGCAUCCACUCGGCCACGCAGCAGCCCAACGAGUACAAGUGUACGCACUGCGGAUCGAUUUGCACCACCGCCAUGCUGGCCGCUGGACAGCCGGGAUUUAUGGAGCAGCAGGAGGCGCCGGUGACGCCCGAUGACCAGCUGCCGGCGAUGGCGCCGCGUGAUAUGAGACUGACGCCCGAGGAGCAGCACCACCAGCAGCAACUGCAGGCGGAGCACCAUCACCAACAGCAACAACAGCAGCAGCAGCAGGAAUUAUUGGAACAGCAGCAAAGGGAGAUGCAGGAGCAGGCGCAACAACAGCAGCAGGUGCAUCACCACCAACAGGAUCAGGAUCUCGCCGGUGACCAGGUGGCGCUUAAGGUGCCGCCACUCACCGUCAAGCUGAACAAGAAUGCGAAUGGCGCAGCGAUUGUGGCCCAUCCGCAGGUCAUCAUCAAGGAGGAGCCACUCAGUUUGAGCGAUAGUGGCGAUGUGGUUAACGCUGUGCCCGUCUAUGCCAUACAAGCGAAUCCCGGCGUUCCCGCCCCGGCCACUUCCGGAGUUCUGGUCGGCACGCAAACAGUGCCCGCGGAUUUGGCGCACAAGAUACGGCACAAAUGCCCGGACUGCCCGAAGACCUUCAAGACACCCGGCACGCUGGCCAUGCACCGCAAGAUCCACACUGGCGAAGCAGACGCCACGCCCAAAGAACGCCCCUACACGUGCUCCUACUGCGGCAAGUCCUUCACUCAAUCGAAUACACUAAAACAGCACACUCGCAUACAUACAGGAGAGAAGCCGUUUCACUGCGGAUACUGCGAGAAGUCCUUCAGCGUGAAGGACUAUCUAACCAAGCACAUACGGACGCACACCGGCGAGAAGCCGUACACCUGUCCGUACUGUGACAAGCGCUUCACGCAGCGCAGCGCCCUCACGGUGCACACGACCAAGCUGCAUCCGCUCUAGGGACGGCCGGGCGGUGGCCGCCAGAUACUCGUUGCUGCCCCAGCCGCUCCUGCAACUCCACCACCACCUCAUCCCUCAAAUCCCGAUCCGGGUCAUCCUGGUGCGCCGC